GGUUCGUGGUCUUGUGAGUUGAGCAGAGUGAAAUGAAAUGUGCAAUUUGAUAAAAUUAUCAAGUUGUAUUUUGAGAAAUGUGAAUAAACAGUGAUUUCUUAUGUACAAUCGAUCAAAAUGUAUUUAAAAAUGGUGUGGUGUUAUGUUUUCAUAUUGACUUUAUUAGAUAUCUCGCUGAACACCAAACUGACAGCGCAGGGAAAGAGCCACGAAUCUGUACAUGACCAAUGGAUGCUGAUUGAGAAGGUUCACUUCCAGGAAUAUGGCAAAGACGAGGUGAUGGUGCCGGAGUCGUCCAUCCGCGUGUGGCCGCCGGCGCUGGAGUUCGGGCGCGUGGAGCUGGCGCGGCCCGCGGCGCUCGUGGUGGCGCUCACCAACACCGGCAACGAGACCAUGCACCUCACCUCCGUCGCCGGCUCCACGUCGCAUUUCCACUCCUCCUUUUUUGAGACUAAGACGUUGCCGCCGCAAGCCAACACGUCGUUCACCGUGGUGUUCCUGGGCCAGCGCGAGGGCUUCGUGUCCGCCCACCUCUUCAUACACACGUCGCUCGGCGUGCACAAAUACCCAGUUUCGGCGGAAGGCGUGCCGAACGAGUUCGACGUGUGGCCGAUGGUGGGGGUGCGGGUGCCGCUCAACGCCACGCUGGAGCCGCUGCUCACCAUGCGCAACCCCACCGACCACACCAUACAGGUGACAGAAAUAUACUCGUCAAGCUCGUGGUUAGGGCUGCAACUGCCCGACGGCGCGUCGUCCGCGCCGCUCGCGCUGUGGCGCCUCCCGCCGCACAGCGCCGCGCCGCUCGUGCGCCUGCGCCUCGCCGCCGCCUCCGCCGCGCCGCAGCGUGCCUACAUACGGAUUAAAGCGAACAUAACGGGCGGCGGGCUGGUGGUGGCGGUGGAGGCGCGAAUGACUUCGCCGCAGGAGUUCCUGGAGCCGUUGCAGCUGCGGCUGAGGCUUAGGGGUUCCAAAGAUGCACAGGAGACGUGUAGUAGAGAUGACCGCGCCUGUGCUGUGCCCCAGGUGGAGAUCUCGGCGGGCAGCAGCGCGCCGUCGGCGGCGGAGGGCGCGGCGCGCGUGUGGGGCGCGCGCUGCGCGGGCGCGCCCUUCCCGCCGCGCCACCCGCUGCGGGAGCCCGCGCGCCACGCCAACGGCGCGCUCGACGCCGCGCACGGUGUGAAAUCAGAGGGUGUACAAGUGACAUUAUUGCGGCCACAGAUCGACGCCUUUCAACCGCUUACGCCCAGCGUACGACUCACGCUUGACUUCGGCCGCAUGUGGGAGAGCUACAUAUCGUCGGAGCCGGCGGAGGCGAACGGGUCCGGCGCACAGACGGAGUGGGCGUGGUGCGCGGGGUUCGUGCGCGUGGGGCGCGCCGCCAUGCCGUACAGCGUGCGGCUGCGGCGCGGCGGGCUGGCGCUGCUGCCGGCCGCCUUGCUGUGAGGUGUGCCUUCUGUAUCAACGGGUCCGGCGCACAGACAGUGGGCGUGGUGCGCGGGGUUCGUGCGCGUGGGGCGCGCCGCCAUGCCGUACAGCGUGCGGCUGCGGCGCGGCGGGCUGGCGCUGCUGCCGGCCGCCUUGCUAUUCAUAACUGCAGACGAGGACGUGAUGAAAGUAAGAGAGGUUCAAGUGAAGAACGACUUCAAGAUGGCCGUCAGACUGCUCGGGCUGGACUACGAGCCCGAGUUACGGGAAUGGUUUCAUAUAGAAGAGUUGCCCGGUGCCCGCGGCUCCCUCCGCGGCGGCGAGACGCGGACAGUGGCGCGGCUGUCGCUGAAGCGCGCGCCCGACGAGCACGCGCAGCUCAGCUCCGCGCUGCGCGUGCGCAGCUCCCUGGCCGCGCACUCGCUGCCCGUCAGCGUCGCGCCGGGCCGCUUCGUCCUGGAGUGGGAGUGGCCGAACAGCGCGGACGGCACGCUGCGGCUGGGCACGACGGGCACGUCCAGCACGCGGCGCGCGGCGCUCGUGCUGCGCAACCCCGGCCCGCACGCGCUGUGCCUGCGCGCGCUGCACGUCGACCUGCCCGGCGGCUCCUUGCUGCCGCACGACCACACCCACAGCCACAACCACAACCACACGCGCUGCCUGGAGAGCGGCGCGCGGGCGCGCUGGUGGCUGGUGGUGGUGGCGCCGGCGCGCGGCGGCGAGCUGGCGGGCCGCGUGACGGCGCGCUCGCAGCACGCCGCCGCCAGCGCGCGCGUCACGCUGCGCGCGCGCGCCGGCCACGUGCGCCACGCGCUGCCGCUGCGGCUGCAGGGCGCGCCGUACGUGGCGGGCAGCGCGCCGCUGGAGCUGGUGAGCAGCAUGGCGCUGCGCAUGCGCGCCACGCACGUCACGCCGCCCGGCUGCGGGCUCUCCGUGCAGUUGGACAAAGACGUGGACAUCACUGAAGGCAGGCACACGGUGGGCACCGUGACGUACUCGGCGGAGGCGGGCUGCGCGCCGGACUGCUACGCCGGGCUCGACAUGCACUCGCAAGAGGGCAUAGACUGGAUUUCGCGGCUACGAAUAUUAUCGGACCGGGAGUCUCCGGAGGCAGACAAAAGCGCCGCGCUGAAGCAAGACGGGGAGCUCAUCGCGCGGCGGCUGCAGGCCUUCGCGCGCGCGCGGCGAGCCGAACACAACACUACUAUUUAUCUUCACACUACAGAGGUGGUGCAGAUCCCCAUUUCGGUGUCGGCGCGCGCGACGUGGCCGCGGCUGCGCGUGCGCGGCGGCGGCGGCGCGCUGUGCGGCGUGGGCGGCGCCGAGCGGCUGCGCGUGCUGCUGCGCAACCCCGCCGCGCGCGACGUGCUGCUGUGGCCCGCGCUGCCGCACCUCGAGCUCGCCGGCCCGCAGCUCGAGGGCUGGGAAGAGAAGCGCCAAUGCCCCGAGUGCACAUGGCAGCCCGACACCUUUAGUUUCAUCGAGUACCAGGUGGUGAAGGGCAACGUGCGCGUGUGGGAGGCGGGCGAGCGCGACGAGCGGCCCGCGCGCAACCGCACGUGGCUGCCCGCGCUGCUGCUGUCGCCGGGCGCCGAGAUCGAGCUCGUGCUCAACUUCACGCCCAAGGUCGCCGCGCCGCUCUCCGCCAAGGUCUACUUGAGGAACAACCUGACAAUAAUCGAGAGCGUGCAAGUGUGGGGUCACGGCGUGUACCCGAGCUUCGAGCUGGAGGGGCUGCGGCCCGGGAAGGUGUUCGAGAUCACCGAGUGCGACGAGUCGGGGCUGGGCAUCGCGCACGCGACGGUGGUGGCGCGCAACACGGGCCGCGUGCCCGUCGUGCUGCGCGACUGGCGCGUCAGCGGCAGCGCGUGCGGCGCGCGCGGCUUCCUGCUGGAGCCCUGCGCCGCGCUGGAGCUGCCGCGCAACCACUCGCGGCCGCUGCGGCUGGCCUUCCGCGCCGACUGGACGCGCGCGCGCGUGUCCGCCGCGCUGCAGGUGCGCUCGGCGCUGGGCGCGGCCGAGUUCCCGCUGCGCGCGCGCGUGGCGGCGCGCCUGGCGGCCGCGUGCGCCGCGCGCCUGCCGCGCCCGCCCUGGGAGCGCGCGCUGCACGCGGCGGGCGCGGCGGCGGCGCUGGCGGCGCUGCUGCUGGCGCUGGCGGCCGCCGCGCUCGACGCCGAGCGGGCGCUGCGCCGCACCACCACCGCCGUCGCACAGCAGCCGCCGCCGUCGCACUCGCCGCUGGACCUGCGCGGCGUGGCGGCCGCGUGCCGCACGGAGUCCCCGCCCCGCGCGCCCGCGCCCCGCCGCAAGCGCCCCCGCCGCGCCCCGCCGCUCGACCCCGCCGCCGAGCGACACGCCUUCCAGCGGUGGCGGGCUGAGGUACUACGACGCGCUGAGUCCCACUCGAGCGAGGACGCGGACGCCUCGCAGGACGCCGAGACAGACUCCACGCCGCCGCCCAUGGCGCCGCGCGGGGAGCCCGGCGCGCACGCCGCCGACACAGGAUCGGAGUCGUCGUCCCCGGGCGAGGAGCGCGACGAGCACGACGAGCCGCUGCCGGCGGCGGGCGCGGCGGACGCGGCGGGCGCGGCGGGCGGGCCGCCGGCGCAGGCGCACCCCGCGCGCGCCUCCCCGCCGCGCGCGCCCCCCGCGCCGCGCCGCGCCGAGCGCCCGCGCGCCGACGACGCCCGCGCGCGCGGCCCGCCGCGACACCACGCCAGGAAGGAGAAGAGUUCCCGGCGGCGCUUCCCGGCGGAGCGCGCGGCGCCCGCGAGCCCGUCGCCGGCCGCGGGCGCGCCCUCCGCGCCGCGCGCGCCGGCCGCGCUGCGCCGCGGCGCCACCUGGAGCUCCGUGGUGGCGGACGGCCCGCCCGCGCCCGCGCCGCCGCCGCUGGCGCCCAUCGGCUCGGACGUGCGGCGGCGCGCGGACGCGGCCGGCGCGCACUCGCUCUUCUACUACAACGAGGCCGCGCCGCACGCCUGGCGGCUCACUGACUACACAGAAGACGGCACCAGCAGCCCGCGCGGCGCGCCGAGCCUGGGGUACGGGUCGGUGUGGGGCGGCGCCGAGCCCGCGUGGCUGUGGGGCGCGGACCCCGUGCGGCCGCCCCCCGGGUUCGCGCCGCCCGCCGCGCCGCGCGCCUACGACCCGUUCCGCUCGCUGGCCGCCAUCUGGGGGCCCGGCGCGCUGGACUGGCGCCGCGACCCCGACGACCCGCCGCCGGGGAACUGAACGUGUGUCCCCGCCCGCCCCGCAGCGCUCUAGUCCGCCCCCCGCGCCGCGGCCUGCACUCCCCCGAGAGAUCGUCUGUUCAAGACUGAAUAAAACUUACGUUUCUUAAACUUA